CUUUGGGCUCAACGAGAUCGUCGUCAGCCACAGUCAGCGUCCUCACCAUGAAUCCUCCUCCUCUCCGGCUAGACAUACCUUCGGCUUGGUAUCCUACACAUUUACCAAAUAACCCGAGCCCUUCUCAUCGUGCUUUGUAUGGACGCGAUCUCCAUGACAGCCCUGCCUUGAUGGCUAACUUCAAGGCAGUCGGCGAUCAGCCGAACGACGAGGACCUCAUUGUUUCCGCCAUAUAUGCUGGGCAGCUCAAAGGCUUAAACACGAAUCAAGCCCUUGAUGGACUCCACACGACAAACGAGCAUACUGCCUACCAGUGGAGGGAAUACUACUUGGCUCACAGAAGCGCAAUUUUUCGUCGUGUGGAAAGUCUUGGAGCAAAGUCUUCGACCAAACGGACCACGGCAGAAACGACCAAACCACGAUUUGCCCCCGACUCUUCUGUCUCAACCCCAUCUACAUCUAACAAAAGAAGGAAAACCAACCCUGUAAGGGGAAGCAUUCCGAAUGCACCAUCCGAAGAACCCACCCCUUCGAUUCAUAAUUCGGGCAAAUACACACAAGGGGACGUCAAUUACAUGGUGAAAUUGUUCGCGUACGAGCUCAACAAAGACUCCACGGCUACCCGGGCUGAGAUAUGCGCCAAGCUUGGCAAGAAGGCGCCACAACACAGCCCUGCAUCUUGGAAAAACUACUCCCUUCAAUUCCUCAUAAUCGACAAGAUGCUCAGACGUGCGGGCGGCGAGGCAAUUCCAGUUCAUGAAUUCGACUUCGAUAAUGCUAGCGACAGCGAGGAUGAUGUCUCGAAACGCCCUCAGAAACAUGUCAGAGGACACGCUCGCAGCGAUUUGGACAGAAAGCCCGAAUGGACUAUGAAGAACGAGGGGCCAGGAGUGGAAUCGUCGGACGAGGAUGAGGGUGAUGUCGGGCGCUAUGGGGACCGCUACACCAUGACGGAGUUGCGAAUUAUGGCGAAGUGGAUAUCGAGGUGCAGUGCGUCGGAAUGGGCGGAGAUGACGCCAACACAGCAAUGGGAACCUUUCACUCAAAUCAGUUUCUCCUUCUGGCCAAACGCUAUCGCACGAGGCGGCAGCAACACAAAGGCGCGCCGUCUCGGCAUUGAGAUCCUCAUGGUGAAAUUUUUCCCGUCUUUCUUCCUCUCGUCACGUUUUGCCAUGACUUACGCGGUGCAUCCAAAGUCGGAAUUGUUGACGGUGAUGCUCCCGAUUGGCCUUGCCGGGGUAUCAGGCCGCGACUUUAUCAGUCCGAAUGCUCUUCUUAUUCCUCUUCAUCAUGUCUCAUCGUCUUCUUGCACCUUACGCUACUCGGGAUCUCUUGCCGACUGUGUGUAG